CAUCGCAGUCCUGCCCUCCAUCUCCCUGACACCACCUGCUCACUGAAGCUUUGUCAUGUUGCUGCCGCUGCUGGGCGCCUGUGCUGUGGUGGGACCAUUCCAGGGCCCUGAGUGGGAGCCAGUGCGGGGCCUACUUUCUGAGGAUCGCAGCUGCAGGGACCCUCGGUGCUGUGGCAACCUGCUCGUGCUCUGCCUCUUUCUGAUCUGGCAGGUCCAGAGCUGUUGGCACCGGGUCACCAGGACCCACCCCAGCACGAGGAAGGUCACCAAGGUCUCCAGUCAAAUGUCACCUCCUCUGAGAAUGAGAGGCCUUCUGUGACCAGCCUUUCUAAAGAGAUUAACCCCAUCGCCAUGCCACUUUUAUUUCCACCUGAACACUUUUCAUACCUAACAUGUUGUAUACUUGGUUAUUAUGUCUUCCAUAUCUGGAAGAUAGCUCCCAAGAAGGACUUUGUCUUGUUCAUGCUGGUAACCCCAGCAUCUAGAAUAGUGCCUGGCCUGGAGUAAACUCUUUUUUGGUCUUGAAUGAAUACCCUAAAAGAAAUGAUUCCCUCUUUUCUGAGCCCCAGAAUCCCCAUCUGGAUAGUGGGGAUUGUAAUUCUAAUCUGUGAGAAUUAGAUGAGACAGUGUGUGAGCAAGGAUUUCGUUUCCCCAUUCUCAACUACAGAUGCCACCGCAGAAGUGGGGGGUGCCCUCCACGAGACAUGACACUUGUUUGAGGCUGACCCCUGAAUUCUUCUUCAGCCCUGGAGAUUUCCGUGGCCUGGAGGCUCACGUCCAACAACGGGCACAAAAGAAGAUGUAUGAACACCGGAGGAGCCUCCAGGAAUCCUGGACCCGAUACCUGGUCUCUUGGCAGCACCCGUGUCAGGACCCACCUUGGGAUUUCCACACUCCUUCUGAUCCCAUCUUUCGCACCACCUCUUUUUCAAGCACCUGUAUGCUCCCUCAGGACAGUGCUCGGGAAGCACGGCCGGUACCCUGGUGUCUCAGUGAUGAGCAGUCUCACCUGAUUUGCAGGCCACCAUCCCCUUCCCUGGACAUGUACCAAAGGAUGGAGCAGCUGUUUGUCCACUCCCAGGAAGAACUGGUGCCACUGGAGCUUGUUGUUAGCAUGAGGUCCCACCUCACACCCAUGACGCUAGCCACCUCUCUCUCAAACCUCCUUUCGUCUCAGAGGGUGCAUUUCUGCUCCGGAGAGUUCCUGCCGGGUCCUUCCAACCAAGUGGGAGUGUCCCCCUGGAAGUCCUGGGUCUGCCCACAAGAGGCCUGGGCACCAGGGACAGAAAACCAGGUGCUAGGCAGAGAGGAUAGUAGAGAGACCCAGGCUGUAGGGUGGGGGAACUGGACAGAGAGCAGUAGGGAGGGUGCUCGGGAGAUCCAGGCAACUGGAAGGCAGCUCCCAGUGAACUCUGAGAUGGAGGAUGAUGCAGAGACCAAGGUCCUGGAGUGGAGAAGCCAGAGACUAGUAAUAAGUAAGACUGAUGGAGAUAUCCUGACACCAGGGCCAAAGAGCCAGGACCAGAUGGGGAUUGAGAAUAGAGCUAAAAUUCAGGAACUAGAGAAUAGAAACAAGAGGGAGGCUGAGGGUGAGAAUCCUCCUGAAACCCAAGCACAUACGGCAGAGAACCAGGAACAUUUAAGAUGUAAAGCUGAUGCAGAGACUCAAACACCAAAGUGGGGGAACCAGGAUAAGAGUAGAAAUGAGGAUGCUGUAGAGACCCAGGCAUUUGAGAAGAACAAGAAAGAGGCCAGAGGAGAGGAUGAAGGAGGGACCCACACCCAAGGAUUGGGGAAGCAAGGCCAGACUAGAAGUGAGAAUGGUAAGGAGGCCCAGGUGUCAGGGUGGGGAAAGCAAGACAAGAUUAGAGAUGCUGCUGCUAUAGAAAUUCAGGCACAAGAGAGGAGAAACAAGGCCCAGAUUGGAGGUGAGAAUGCUCUGCGAACCCAGGUAUCUGGGAGGGAGAACCUGGGAGAAGUAAAAAGAGAGGAGGGUGUGGACACCCAGGCCCUGGGGUGGAGAAAACAGGAAUGCAUUGGAUGUGAGAAUGUUACAGAGAUCCAGACCCUAGGGCGGGAGAAGCAGGAUCAAGGUGGAAGUGAGAAAGCUGGGAAGAUCCAGGCAUUAGGGGAGAGAUUUGGAAACAACUGAAACAUGAACUUCUAGUGGGGUGGAGAAACCAAGGCCUGAGAAGGGGGAAGGAUGCUGGGGAAACCCAGGUAUCUAGAAGGAAGAACCUUAGGGAGGUAAAAGUGGAGGAUUGGGUUGUGAUCCAGGCACCAUGGUGGGGAGACCAGAGACCAGCAGUAAGUGAAAUUGACAGAGAAUGGGAGAUGCCAUGCUGGGGGGAUCAGGGCCAGAGUGGAAGCGAAAUUGACAGAGAGUUUGCCACACCCUGUUGGGGGAAUCAGGAUCAGACUGGCGGUGAACACAGAGCAGAAACUCAGGCAACAGAGAAGAGAGAGCAGAGAAAAGAUGGAGAUGAGGACAGUAUAAAUACCCUGGCUCCUGAGGCAGAGAACCAGGGACAAGUAAGACAUGAAACUCAUGCAGACACCCAUCCACCAGAGAGGAGGAACCAGGAGAAGUUUGGAGAUGAGAAUAAUAUAGGUGUUCAUGCACUAGGGAUGAGAAAUCUGAGAGGGGUUAAAGACGAAGAUAGCAAAGAGGCCCUGGAACUUGGGGAAGAAAACCAGGGUCAGUUAAGUAGUAAAAUUAAUGGCAAGAUUCGUACACCCAAGCGGAAGAAUCAGGAAUACAUUAGAGGCAAGGAUGGGGCCAACACAGAGGCAUCUGAGGCUGACAACAGGGGAGAAUUAACAAGUAAAAUUAAUGGAGAAACCCAUUCAGUAGAAUGGAAGAAAGAGGAGCAGGUUGGAGAGGAGAAUGGUGCAGAGAUUCAAGCUCCAGAGAAGACAAGUCAGACAGAAGCUGGAGGUGAGGAUGAUACGGAGACCUGGGAAGCUGGAGAAGAAAACCAGAGCCAGUUAAAAGGUGUUAUUGGUAGAGAGACCCAUUUAUCAGAGUGGAAGAACCAGCAGCAGACAGGAGGUGAGAAUGG